AUGGACUUCUCCAAUAUCUUUCGCUUGGUCAACCUGACCGUCGGGGCUAUCAUGGUCCUGGGCGGUAUCAGCCAGUUUUUCCCGCCAACCAUAAGCAGUGUUGUUGUCGGUGUAUAUGUGAUUCUGUUCGGUUUGGCCGUUGCUGCCCUUGAAUUCGUCCCACAACCGCCAUCUAAUCUCUCGCGUUACGCAUCCUUCCUCUUCUCCUUCCUCGGCCGGGGUAUCUUUUACAUAUUCGUCGGCUGCAUACUCCUCGAGGGAAAAGUCCUACGCAUCAUUGCCGGCACCAUUGUUGGCGUUGUCGGUCUCGGAUACGUUGCCUUGGAAUUCGUGCCGUCGAUAGAACCGCCGGCCACCAUGCGCGAGGCGGAUAGCACGUGGGGAUCUGAACAGGUUUAA